GUACAAAACUGUAUUGGAACUGCAAUUCGAGGGGCAACCUGGGUAGCCCUUCACAAUGGGGGUGGUGUUGGAUGGUGUGAAUGCAUAAACGGAGGGUUCGGACACCUCUUGGAUGGGACAUAUGAGGCUGGCCAAAAAGCACGCAGCCUACUUGCCUGGGAUGUAACGAACGGACUUGCCCGGCGUGCCUGGUCAGGACAUCCUUUGGCACGUAUGACCAUAGAAAGGGCUAAACGACGUGAGAACGCUUCAACAUCUGAAGAAACUAGAAGUAAUACACAAAGUGACUACUCGAUGAAUGGAACACAGCAUGCCCUGGAAGUCGAGCUACCACAUAUGGUGGAGGACAGAAGCCUAAUAGAAAAGAUAGUAAAGGCUACCGUGCAAAAGAAAUAA